CCAAAACUAAAAAAAGAAAUUCAAUGAAUCUAAUCAAACAAAUGGAGGGUUAAAGGUCAUUCCCAAUCACAGAAACAAAACCAGAAUACAUAAUUACUUUGUCAUUGUAUGUUCAAGAAUAAGCUAACAUCACAUAAUCCUUAAAAAGAAAUCUUUUUUCCCCCAAGUUACAUAAAUAUUACUCCAAAAAGAUCAUACAUUUACAGUAACGUACGUACAAUCAUGAUUUAUACAUAAGAAAUGAGGCCGAAACACUCAUAAGAGCCACCAAGGCAAUACCUUGCAGAAUGAAUUCUCGGUAAAUGCUACAGAAAGAUCACCGCUUACUGUCCUCUUCGUCGUAGAGACAGACCGCAUGUGCCGACUAAUAAUCUGUUUCUCACUCUCAUCAACUUCCCUCCCAUGCAUAAUCGCCUUGCAUCUUCCCCAAAUUCACCAUCAACCCCUACGACUACCAUCAAUCCCCAACCCAAACAACCACCAAUUAAAUCCUGAAAUUUACCAAUUCUUACUUCACCAAACCCUAGAUCGUCCCCAAAUUCGGUCCGCACCACCACAGUCACAUCCACCACCCAAAAACCCUAGUUCCCACAAUUCCAAUCUCGACUAUACGCUUCAAUUCACCAAGUCGAAUCCGAAUCCCCGACCUGUACCAAUCAAACUCAAGCUCGGAAUUCUAGAUCCAAAAACUCAUAGAGACUCUACAAAGAGCAAACGAAAUAUAAGGGAGAGAAAGUGCGAAGCAUAUAUGGAGAAAGCAGUGGUCGAAGAGAGAGAGAGAUGAUGAUGAUGAUGAUGUCGUGAGGGACUCGCCAGACGACAAAAGGGAAAGGUGUACUUUGGUACCAAGCUAGAGAAGCUGAAAAGGCAACAGCUGGGCAAUUUGGGCAGUGCGGGCAGAGAAAUGAUACAGUCACGUGGGAGUGAUUGAAACACGACAAGAUGUACUAGAAUCUAGAACUAGAAG